GAGUGUGUAGGCGCAGAGCAUCGAGCGACUUGGCGGCGCCACCGGCCGCCGGCCACUUGUCACGCCUGCAUGGCCGUACUCCGUAGCGCGCGUUCGCCGAUCAUCAGUAGACCUUGCUGCAAGAACAGUUCAUAGUUCAAGUUCCAAAUCUGUUUAUCAGGUUCUCCAGGUCAAUUUGGAAACAUGGCACCCAAAACUGAAUCAUUGCCAAAGGAAAAUGUUGAAGAACCGUCGCGAGGAAUCAAUGCCGUGUUGUUGGGACCACCCGGUAGUGGAAAAGGCACUCAGGCACCUAUGUUGAAAGAACGCUACUGUGUUUGCCACCUUUCCACUGGAGACAUGUUGAGAGCGGAAAUUCAAUCGGGUUCUGCUCUUGGAGCUGAACUAAAAAAAGUUAUGGAUGCCGGAAAACUCGUCAGCGAUGAUUUGGUUGUCAAUAUGAUUGAUAAAAAUCUUGAAAAGCCCGAGUGCCAGCGUGGAUUCCUCUUGGAUGGUUUCCCACGAACUGUUCCACAAGCAGAGAAGUUAGAUGAGAUGCUGGAAAAAAAGAAAACAAAGCUUGAUGCUGUCAUUGAGUUUGGCAUUGAUGAUAACUUGUUGGUUAAGAGAAUAACUGGUCGCUUGAUUCAUCCGGCUAGUGGGAGAUCCUAUCACGAAGAAUUCGCGCCACCAAAAGUUGCUAUGAAAGAUGACAUAACUGGUGAGCCACUGAUUAAAAGAUCUGAUGACAAUGCUGAAGCUCUUAAAAAACGUCUUGCUUCAUAUCACUCUCAAACUCAGCCACUUGUUGACUACUAUGCUCUUCGUGGCAUCCAUAAUUAUGUGAAUGCUGCCAAGUCUAGUGAACAAGUAUUCAAAGAUAUAGACACUAUCUUUCUUACUGCUAUUACUGCGGACCAAAAGAAGGGUUUCUUCAGCAGACUCUUUUCUUAAAAGUGUUAAAAAAUCUCUCUGACAUCAGCAACGUAUGCUUUUUCCACAGAAGAACGAUUUCUAUUUACUAGUUUUUUAUUCUUUUCAAAUACUGCCUCUCUGAAAGUAAAGGUAACUUAGCGUUUGCGAGACCACAAUGAUUUGAGUAUACAUAUAGGCGUAUAUAUUUACAAACGCUCAUAUAUUUUUUACAAUGCUUUUUUGAAAUUUACUUUAGAAUUAUACUUUACAAACAGGUGCUAUUGCACUGGACAUGCAUCAAUUUAAAUGUAAAACUUAAGCUGUGUAUAUAGUAUGUAUACAAAAGUUAUAUUCUUUUUUAUGAGUCUACUUUGGUGAUCAAUGAAUUUUUUUGUUAUUUGUUUUACGCACAAAGUUGAUAUUGUUUAAGCUUCCUUGGAAUCGUCCAAUGUAAAUGUUUUUCAAAACAAAACGUUGCUGUACUUUCAGGCAGGUGGGGUAGCUUCUGUCAGGUAUGCACAUUAGCAUCGGUUUGAAAUCACACUUCGCUGUUUAGUACAUAGGUGAAGGCCAUAAUAUAUUGACGACUCGCCUAAUCGUUUUUGAGAAAACGAUAUUUAUCAGAUCAUAGAUGUGAUUGUACAGUACUAUUUUAGAUAAACCAUACGAUAAUAAAAGCUAUAUUUCUGUUAUUAAAGUCAUCGCGCCGAGUCUGUAUAUUUGUAGCCUAAUACGAUCGUCAAGUGUAAAAAGGGUUAAAUAAAGUUUAUCGUUCAUAUAGUAAAGUGA